AUACACAAAUUUAAGUAAAUCCUGGUCCCUUCACCAUAUAAAACUUGCACCAUCACAGCCACCAACAGGCGUUAGAAGAGGAAUUGGAAUUGCGCUAGACGUAGCAAAGAGAUAUCAUUAUCACAAUGGCUGGCUUCGCCGUGGUGUUUGA